AUGGCUCCACAUACGGGUUCGGCUACUACUGAACAAAUUGAUACACUCCUCAAUUUCCUGGACGAGCAUAGGGAUCUUGCUCGCGGGAGAUUGAGGAGUCUAGAAGGAAAAGUCCAGGCGAAGAGGCUGUGGGAUGAAUUGUGCAAUACGCUCAAUUCCAUGGGCGGUUGCACAAAGACAGUUCAGCAGUGGCAAAAGGUAUGGUUUGAUAGAAAACAUCUAGCCAAAAAAGCCGCUGCUGAUUCCCGGAGGUGGGCUUCAAUGACUGGAGGUGGUCCAUCGGUGGCACCCCAACUCUCCCAUUCGGAAUUAAAAGUCUUAUCCAUAAUGGGAGAUGGGUUCGGUGACCGCCAAAUUGGAGCCAGAGUGCCAGCUUUCACUGAAACGAAUGAAUCCAGACCAUCAACCUACAGUCAAGGAAGCCAACUGCAGCAGCAGAGCCUGGACUUGCAUGUAGAAGUUGAGGAGUACGCCGACCCAAGCAAAGAAAGCCAGCAGGUCUACUCUAAUUCAACGAAAAACGAAAUUUCGAUCGAAAUUGAUACACAAGCCUCACAAUCUGCACUUCCCAGAAGAAUACGAUCCGCUGCUGGCUCCGAUGUCAGAAGUAGAUUGUACCAGUAUGAAGAUGGACGUGCAGAGAGAGAGACAGUGAGGAACACCGAGCUCGCAGGCAUCAGGGCUGCCUUGGAAGAGUUGCGUGACAUAGGGCGAGAUUAUUUAGAGUUUUUAAGGCAAAAUAAGCGUUAG